AAAGUUGAUCCAGCAAAAUGUGGUCCCGAGAACAUUGAAGGUGCUCUUAAGGAGCGCCUCGAGGUAUAUAGAAGAACUAAAGUAGCUGCUGAAGAUGAGGGUAACACAUCUAAAGCACGGAGAUAUGGUAGAAUUUGCAAACAAUUUGAAGAUGCCAUUAAGUUGUACACGCAGGGAAAGGUAAUACCUCUGGAUGAGCUUCCCGUUCCGCCUGGUUUUCCACCAUUAUCGUUGAAUUCACAAAAUGACGCCAUUACUGCGCAAUCUGCGUCCGAGCCUGAGACAUCUGAUAAUAAUACUGUAAAGAAACCUGUGCAACCACAAGCGCCUGUGCAACCAAAAGCGCCUGUUCCUCCUCCUCGAACAGGACUGAAACCAAAUCAGAGAAUUACGUCGCGUGCAGAGAAGCAAAUGCUACAGUUGCAACUACGGCAACGUGAAUUAAAGCAAGCUGCUCUAAAUGCAAAGAAAGACGGGGACAUGGAUUUGGCACGUGACUAUCUAAGACAAGCAAAAGGAAUACAACCUUUAAUCGAAGCUAGCAAAGCUGGCCUGCCCGUCGACAUGACUUCGAUUCCAUUGUCGCCUCUUGAAAAAGUAGAGCUCAGUACAUCACAAAAGGAUGAAAAUUUCAUAUUGGUAUCUUCCGAAGAUUUUUUGGAGGGCUUGAACGGAACAGACGAUAAAAUUUAUGAAAAUCUUGAAACUCAAUUAAUUAAACAAAUUAAGUGGUGUUUGUCUACGCGAGAUCACUCAAAAGCACUGGGAGAUGUUCCUGGAUAUAACAGAUGGGAGCGGCUUGCACUGAGUUACACGCGAGAUUUAGAUAUGCUGAGAGUUCGAAAACGUGACUCACUGCCACCACCACAACACCAUUAUGAAACAAAAACUUAUCAAAUAGUACAGAGUUGCACGGAUUUAAACGAUAGUGAUAUAGAAAUUUCUAUAAUUAGAGGAAUCAAUUAUUCUCGGGAAGCAGAUACAUAUGUAAUGUGUGAAUUUCCAUUUCCAUUGGAUAAUCAUCCUAUAGAGAGGACAUCGACGAUCAAAGAUUCUGCCAAUCCUGAGUACCAAGCUGUAUUUUUGCUGAAUAGCAUUAUAAAUCGCACCUCCAGACAAUGUCAGAGAGCAUUCAAACGACAUGCUUUGAAGUGUGAAGUUUGGGCAAAAGGAUGCUCGCUGAAUCCCAUCUUGUGUUGCACUCAUCCCAGAGGUUUCUUCCGAAGUGAUAGCUUGCUUGGUACAGUAAUGAUCAAGUUACAACCUCUAGAGUCUCAAUGCACUCUACAUGAUUCUUUUCCGCUUAUGGAUGGCAGAAAAGCAACGGGAGGAAAAUUGGAGUUAAAAAUCCGUCUCAGGAAUCCUAUUCUUUUUAAGCAAAUUGAAAAUAUAACGGAUAAAUGGCUAACUAUUGAUCAAUAAUUUAAUUUACUGACUCAGCAAAAAUUUAUGUCUAACUUGCUAUCGAUUGUAUUAUGAAGCCUUUGAAAACAACACAUAGAAAAUAAAAUACUACUUUUCAAUAACAAAUAUUAAUGAUAUAAGUAAGAUAAAAAGCCAUGUAUAUAUAA